AUAGCCAUCCUUUUAACUUACCCUGCAGGCAGGAAAGAGUCUGGAGAGAUGAAGGUUUUCAUUGGGUUUUUGCUGUUCGCCUUUGCAACUGCUGAUAUCUAUAAGUGGGUCGGCCUUCCCGAACAGAAUUUUAAACUGCUUGAUAACUUGCUGAACGGUGAGCACUCUGCAAUUUACCUCAGAGUUAAAUUUUGCUGGUGCGAGACCUCAAAUCUUCGUUCGCUAUUUACUAAAAGCAUUUAUAGGCAUAGUUCUCGCUUGCUCGUACUUUCUGCAAACAGCUACAUGCUGCAACGCUAAAACUGUUUACUAGUCAGGUCUGAAAAUCAUAUGCUUAGUAACUAUAAAUGGCGAGAUUUCGCUGGCAAAAUCAAUUGCUUUUAGCAAUAACAAAUUCGGCCCAUCAGUCUCGGAGGGUUACGCCCCAAUUAAUUCCACUUUUUUUUUUAUUGAUUUCGCUCGCUCGAACUUGCAAUUUCUGGUUCAACAGCUGCAGCGAAAGAUUCCUCAGGAACUUCAACAUGUUUUCGAUUGAAUAAUUCGACUGUUGAGUUCGUGACUGGUUAAAUCUCCUGAGGGUUUUGUUAAAUCUUAUUUCACCUCAGAGCUAAUCGAAAGUUAUCUAGUAAGCCACAAGGAACCCAAUAUAAAUAAUCGACGAAAUAUCUGCACCAAUUUCGAAAGAAAUUUUACUUUCUUAAAAUUGAGAAUAGCAAAAUUCUGAUAUGCCCGUUUAUUACAAUACGAUCCAUUUACCGCUCAGGAAAAUUCAGGCAUGCGCCAAGGUUUAUAAUUUUUCAAAAGGGAUUAUCAGAGCAAAAAUUAUUCUUUAGUAUCACGUGACUGUUUAUUAUUAUGAAUAUAGCCUUGAUGCUUUUUUGCUCGUUUUUUGUGCGUGUCGUUUCCUUUACGUCGAAUCACUCCUCUAUCGAAUUAAGGCUUCGUGGAGUUGCCGCUUUCUGAAGUUUUACUAAACAAUUUUGAUUGUGUUAAAAAAUGUUCUUUGUUUCAUUUGACAGAUGAAAAAUUCACAAGCAAAGGAUCGCUCGAGUCAUUAAAGCCUGGCCUUGGAAAUCUGCGCAUGAGCGACGAUGGCGAGGAGAAAGAGGGAAGUGGAGAAGGGUCAGGGGAACCAGAAGGCUCUGGAGCUGGGAAACCACCUCCAUUUAAAGAAACCAUCGAGGAUUUAGUUGAAUCGGUGAGAUGAUAAUUGUGUUAAGAAGUGCAACCUAAAUGACUUCUGACUGGCGAGCUAACAGAGUUGGGAAUAUGCAGCCGGGAACUGGCUCGAGUACUACACGAGUCUUCUUCAAUGAUUGGUUCGGUGGACUUUUUUUAAGUCAUUGUUUGUUUAUUGUUGAACUGUCGCCUCCCUGGCAAUCCAUUUGAACUCAGCAUUUCAAUUAAAAAACCACAUAUUUCUUUUCUUUGGGUCUAACCGACUAGGAAUAGGUUUGGAGUGCGUCUGAUACAGAGGGGCAGAGGUGAAGUUUACAGUUGACUGAACCAACCGAAAAAGGAUCACUUUUUAUUUUUUGUUUCCAUUUCUGACCCAUAUUUUCCUGUGCUGUCAAGGAAUUUUCCUUUUUCUCUUGCCCUUGUAAACUUGUCUGUUUCUUGUCAGCAAUGGUUAAAGGUGUCAAAAGUUUCUGAACCGUUUACUUACAUAUUUUUCUUUGUAACUGCAGCUUCAUACUAUCAUACCAGCUUUGAAAAUACUGAAGGAGGCAAGGGACAAAAAAAAUCACGGUAAUCUUUAUAUUCAAACAUUCCACGUAUCUUCGUGCAGAUUUCGACCUUUCUACCACAAUCGACAAAAACUUGUGUAUUUUAAGGUUAACUUGUGUCACUUUGUCGAGAAAAUACCGUUGCAAGUGAUUAGUUAGAACGGAAAUAAAAGUUAAAAACAAACAAGCAAACAAACAAACAAACACAAACAAACAAUAAUUUUCGUAAAUAACAGCGAUAUUCUAAUUAAGUAUAUUUUCAAAGUUUUACAUAAAAACCUUUCUGCACAAGACGACAAACUAACUGGACAGGCUUUUAUUUUCAAAAGCGCAAUGAAAUAACUUGAUCAUUUCUCUAACUGGGAAUGAAUAAAAUCUUUCAGAGUAUGCACAGGAGCUUGUAAAAGCGAUCAAGAAUGGGGCAGAUGAUGAAUCCAUCAAAAAACUUUUGGGAUAUCAUGUGAUGAAACUGCACGCACGCUGUCAUCUCCUCAAACUGGCGUUUGCCCGCCAUGCAAAUCAAUCAGGUAAAUAUGGUUUCUCAUUCCACGUUUUGAGUUAUGUUUGUAUAUUUUGUGGCUCUUCUCAGUUGAGAAUCUAAAUGCAUUUAUCUUGGUUUUUCGUUCUUGUCUGUUGUUGUUGUAGUUGUUGUUUCUGAUUCAAGAAUUCGAUGAACAAAACAAGGACUUUAUGUCGUUAAAUUAUGACAACACACCGAGUAAAUAAUUUCGAACUCGGUUGGGCCCUCAGUUUACAAGUUUAAACUUGAGUCGUGCAUGCUUUAUCGUAAAAUAUACCAGAUGGGAAUUAAAACGUUUAUAUUAUUAAAAAAAAAUUGUCCAUUCAUAAAUUUGUGUCAAAUUUUCUGCAGGCUUAUUAGACCACCUGAGUUCGGAUGACCUGGAUUUCACCCAAAUGAUGGGGAAAGUCAUUGGAGCAGCUGAAAAAUACGGCUUUGGUAAGAAAUUCAUACAAGUUUAUUCUUGUGAAAUGCAAUGAUUUCCUUCAAGUAUUCAUCUAUUCCACAAUAAAAAAACAAACAAGAAAAAUGGUAAAAAAAAAGUAUAAUUGAGGCAAAGUCAAUUUUGAUAAAUAUGAUAAACGUUUAAGAUAAAAACUCUAUAAAAUUGGAGUUAAACCUAAAACUAUUAGCAAUCAAGAAUUUUUUUGGAAACAUUUCAAUAUUUUUGGGUAUCGUAGAUAUGCUCUGUAUCGGUAUUACAAUAAAGCAUUAAUGAUAUUUUAACACUAAAGGUACCUAAUGUUGUUCAAAUCGUAAAAAUGAAAAAGGGAUAAAGUUCUCUCUCCACAGAGGAUUUGCAGAAAUUUGCCCAAAGAAAGAGACUGACAGGACCCAAGACUCAGUUUGUUUUUUUCUUUGCUAAGAUGUGUUCCAAGCAUUUGUGCACAUUGUACACCUAAAAGGACUUCACAACCAUCCUGGAGCAAGGGCUAUCAUGGCAGUUGGAGGUUUGGUGGCCGAUGUAGCAUGUGAAACCAAAUUAGAUGGUAAGCAUAAAUUUGAUUGUAUGGGUCUAUGCUUUACUGCUUUUAAUUUUGGUACUGUAUUAUCAUUUUCUGAAAAAUAAUGGAGGUUCAAAAUAAUUAACUUUUUAUUCAUUUAUAACUGUUUUUCGCACAAAGCAAAUCACACCUGUCACAAGAAUCAUCGAGACUAGAAUAGGAAAGUUAAGAAGAAAGAAAGAUAAAAUGCAAAUUAUCAGACGGUAGUUGAAGCCACGAAAUGAAAAAAAAAACACAUGUGACAAUUAAUUUUGAACCAUGGUAACAAAUACAAAAUGACAGUUUUUCUACUAGUGUAGAAAAAAUUGCAGUAACGGAAAUGUUUUCUCGUUUCUCUUGUGUUUCCUUAACCGCCAUUCCAGUCUGUUUAACAAUUCAAAGCGUCCUUUCUGCGCGAUUUAUGCAUGCAGAUGAUUAAAAUUGUUAAAAUGAUUUCAUCGUUCUUAGGUCUCUUAAAUAUAGUUGGGAAAAUGAUAGAGAAGGAGGACAAGGACGGUGACUACGACCUCUCGGACAAGUUUAUUCCAUUCCUGUACAGCCAAAAGAGCAAGUUUUGCAAAGGAAGUAAGUCAGACAUCAUUCUCCAUUUUCCCCUCCCUUAUUUAAACAUACUUUUUAUUUUAUUUAAAGACAGCUACCAUUAUAAACUCAUUACCAGUUCUCCGGAAAUCUUCCACAUUUUUUUUAUCAAACAAAGCUCUUUUAUUCCCUUUAAAAAUUUUUUCUUACGUGUAAUAGUUUCAACUUCUACUAAGCGAAAUCUUUUUACAGUCACCUUUUUUCUACAAUUAUCGGUUAAGAUUUGUCAAUUCACGCACCUAACGGCUACAUUGUUUCACCGUUGUACAUGCAGCGAUCGGUUAUCCCCACGGAGAGCCUCGUACAAGGGCAUAGGAAUUAUUUACUUGUGGAGGGCUCUGCAUAACAUUCAAUCAUCUUAUUUGCAACCAUACUUUGUCUCCUAGAUUUGAUCCAGUCCUUGAAACCAGAAAAAAGCAUGAAAGCCAGAUUUCUCAAACUCGUAUUUUCAUAUUGCAAAGAAGGUAUGUCUUUACGUUUUUCGUACUCUGACCCUACCUUUCCUAUUAACCCUAUAAAGUGACCCAGACGGAAUUUCGCCUUAAAAAAUCAAUAUAACUGAUAUCAAGCCGACAAGUGAUGAGAAUAAAGAAAAACAUUAUUUAAGAUAUUAGUGGUUCACCCAAUGCCAAUUUCUUCAGACGUACAUUAUCAGAAUAUUGUGAUAGCCAGUAAGGAGAAUUGAUACAAAGGUCUUGAGAGUAAAAAGAAAUUGCUCGUUCUUACUGUAUUACAACCUCUACCAUGAUCUAUAAACGUUAAUUACGGACAGACAGAAAGGUAAAGUUGUAAAUGGGCUGCAGUUGGAGUAAAUAAAAAGGGAAGAUUUAUUUUCCUAAACUGUUUUACUGCUGUCUUUUCCUUUUAGUGAAAUUCGUCAGAUUUGCGGUCAGCACGUUGUUGGAUGUAAGUAAUCUGUUUCAUCAGUGCAUGUCUCCAUAUAUGGAUGAUGAUAACGAUUAUUGAUAUAAAUAACCUCUUUAAUAUUAAAAAGAAGUCGUUAGUAGAGACGCCCCCCUAUGUUUGAACUCAUUGAUGCCCCCUGUAUCUGUUUAACUCACUUGUCAGAGCUUUAUUCGGACACAAGACUUCUUCAGCUCGGUUUGGCUGUUGUCUCGGACAAUAAUGUACCGUAACCAUAUCAAACAAAUACAUAAUUUUUUCGAGAAUAAAUAACACGUUACAUAACUCCGACAUAUUAAUUAUACAUAUCGAGAUUAAGGACAUGGUCUCCACGAUAACAAAAACAAACAAUUAUGAAAAUAAUGACUGACCUCAUCUCUUUCAUAAAACAAUUACAGGCAAUCAAGCUCUCCAAAAAAGUGCAAAUUUUGCAUAGGGUGGAGGGGAAACGCUUUCAAGGUAUGUUAUUACCCCAAUAUACACCCUAAAAAGACACUUUAAAGUUGGAGAACCUUGGACACUACUUAUUAAACAAAAUGACAAGUAUACCCAUCAAAAUUGUUGAAAAAUCUUGGUAUCAACGCAACCACUUUGUACUCUUUUUGGGCAAAGAGCACCCUCAGAGCAAAGGACGCGAAAUAAGUUUCUUUGAAAACUAAUUCGUUCAAAUACCAAAAAAGUUUUGUGAACAUUUAGUGUAACAUUUCUCUUGUGAAAGAUCCUUGGGAAUACCCCACCCCCUUGAUUGGGACAAACUCUCUAUAGAAAGGCAUAAUUCUGUUUCAAAGUUCUCCACUUUCGUAAUGGCUAAGAUUAUUUUUUUGACAAAAAAACCGUAGAUUUAAAAUACUAUUUCCUUCUACAGGAAUGAUGAAAGCCGUAGCAGCCCAUAUGGCAAGUAAUAAGAAAGACAGAGCUUUCUUAGUCGUCGGUGACUAUGUUGUGGACAACAUGAGAAGAGCGCUUCUGAUUGGUCUUGCUGUGCACAAAGAACUGAAGAAGGGCGAAGAGAAGAGCGAGGAGCCUGGCGAGGAGAAGAGCGAGAAGCCGAUAGGUGACAAGUUGAAAAGGCUUGCCGAUUUCGUGGAGGAGGAACUGGAUCAGCUACCCGACACUCUCAAACCCGCUUCACACCAUUAA